UUGCCGCGUAUCCUCAUAUGACUGCUGAACUGCAGAUAGAUGGCGUUUUUCUCUUGAUUUUUAAGUUUCGUUUAGAAGCCGCUGCCACCAUGACGCCCCGCACAAAACGAAAAGUUUUUAGUGGUCUUUGUUUCUUUAGUGUCUUCGUGCUUUCAGUAGUGGGGGAGACAGCGUUUGAGAGCCCCUCCGGGGCGAUGCAGGAGCUCCGGACAGCCCUGUGUGACUUUGCCGUGGAGGGUAGGACCUACCUGGGCAGGCUGGUCGGGGAGCAGACGCUGCUGUCGGUGCAGAAGGCUUUCUCUCAGGUUCUGGCUGUUGCUGCAGGCAGCGUGGCUGCUGGUCUAAAUGUGCUCCUACAGUACAUCACACAAUUCCUGCAGGCCUCUGGAAUUCAAGUUGCUCUCCCCAUCAGCAAAGUGACCCCAGACGGCCUGCUCUUUGUUGCUCAGUGGGUUCUCAUAGCUCUCAUUUGCUACUGGCUGAUUUCUCUCGCCUUCCGAUUGGUUGCCUCCACUCUGAUGCGUGCCCUAUGGUUGCUGAAAGUCGGGGUGGCUUUAACCUGUUUUGGAUUAAUCCUGAGCGACCACCAUGUGGGCACAGAGAUGAUGGCUAUCCGACUGGCUGUCCUGUUGUGUGUCUGUGCCAUGCUGGGCGUCGGGACUUGGCGUGGUUCUAGCGGGGCUGAGAAAACCGCUCACCUAGAGGAGCAGGUGAAGAUCCUGGAGAGACGGCUGAAGGAUAUGGAGAAGUGGACAAGGACAGAAGAGAAGUGAACAGAGGAGGGGAUCGGAGAAAUCGUUGUUAUGCCUUAAAUCUAUAACAACAAAGCUAUUAAAAAUCCUGGACCUCAGUUAUAGAAGUCAAAGAAAAACAGUUCAGUUAUUUUUAAUUUUCCUUCAGUAAGUACAGUACAGUGCAAACAGGUUGCUAAUAGGCCAUUUGGCUCAGAGGGAGGAGCACCUUCCUGUGGCUGACUAGAGCUCAGAAAUGAACUGACUGGAUGCAGCUCUUCUCCCAGUUUCUUUCAGGCAUCCAGUUGGAUCUCAGAUGAGGCUUGGACAGGAUGUAGUUUAAUGAAAUACGGCUCCUUUGUAUUAUUAUUUUGUUUGUUUGUGUGUUUGAGAGCAGCCUUUUAGUGAGACAUGUCUGUAGGAGAAAAAACAAGCUGGGUGGGGCUCGCUGCUGACUGCUUGGACUUCCAGCAAGAUGUCCAGCAGCGUGCUGCUGUCCCACACGUGAUCUUCAACAAUGAUUGUCCACAGAGUUGGGCAGAAUAAAGAGCAGCCAUCAUUUGCCACUGUUGACUCUACAUGUCGCAAAAUUAUGAAAUCAGUUGCUGGCUGAAUCAUACACAACAGAAGAAGCUAAAAGGGCCACUGUGUAAAUGUUUGCACCAUGUCACACUUGCCUGUAUGUAGCCAUGCAUGAGCUGCUCAUGCAUGGCGACGUGGACUCGCUUCACCUGUUCAGGUGUGGUUUGCUCAAAUCGUACUCUACAUACCCUAAACAGUAACCAGCCACAUGUAACAAUUAAGAAACACACACUUGACUGAGAAACUGCCGAUCAUGUCAGUUCAGUUCUGUGUUUUGCCUCGUGAGUGCAGCAGCUAGUGGAAGAGUCACAGGAAGCUCAGAGCACAGCGGGGCAGCUUCGAGGUACUUCACAGCUUUUCUUUGUGUCGCUGCACAAAGUUUUUACUUCAAACUGCAGUCGUGAGCUCAGAUGAGACGAUGCUUUGGCUUCUCUCUGUGAGGUGGCAAAGGCUGCAGCACUUGCUGGGAAGCUUUCAUCACACUUGUGUUGUCAUCUCAGUGAAUAUUAUUUCACGUCUCCUGUCAGCUCCACAGGCAACACAUGAGGAGGUGCAGGAGGAGGAACCAGCGUGACUGUAAUGAGUCUUAGAGCUGAAAUGAGACCAGUCCAAAUAAAUCAGGCCAAUAAUGUAAAUACAUUUUCUCCAUUUUUAAUUGUAUUCAUCUUGGGCCUGUUUUCAUUUAUUUCACUAAUAAAUAAUUCAGAAAAUGUGAUUUCUUGGAUGUUUUUAUUAC